GUAGAACGUUCAAUAAGUUCAGUAAAACGCCGUCUUUCAUUUGUAUUCACUUUGAUUUCAGAUUGCGAUCGUUACUGCAUGCUACCAUUUUCACAAAGCUAUGGAUCAUCAAACUGCGUUCUACAUAGAGAACAUUCAACAUGACAAUAUUGUCAACCGUGGACUAACCACUGGGAUUUUUGGGGACUCACCUGUAUCUUUAAAGAUGCAGGUUGAGACUGGUCAGUCUCCAGUCUCCAUUCACAGUGGUUUCAUUGAGAUCAGUCAUCAUGCCCCUCAGACUGGAUCUGAGGCAGACUUGGUUUCUCCACAUAUGGACGAAGCCAGUCUUCAGUCCUCUGGUGAAUCAGGCACAAACAUGCCAGAAUUCAUCCACGACCAGUCCAGAAGGGAUCAGUUCAUCCAAGGAACUAAGAGUCCCAUUCAGGUGUACUCUGUUAACCCAAAGGUCAACUCCUUCCCCAUGGACAGUGAGUCAUUUGCUGCGGUCCAAAACCUGGCGAAUGACAACUUUUUCAGCAGCCUCACUGGUUCCAUCAAGAGGCUUGCUGUAGUGCAGCAUUUCUUCAUGGCUUGUCAGCGCUUGAGGAACCUCCGUAAUGGAUGUGCAAGUUUGAGAGUCCCCAUCACCAGCCGUCAGCUUGCCAGGGCUGCAGUCUCCACCGGCAUUCAAAGUUGUGGCCACAUCAAGCAGACAGGCACCUCAGGAUGUGCUGACCUGACCACAGCCAUUGAUGCCAUGGAGACUGUCAUGGAACGGAUGGUCCUGAAUCUAGAUGAUGCUGCCACCAUCAGGGUGAAGAUGGAGCAACUGCUGGCUAGUGGAGCUUUGAGGCCACUGACAGAGAUGUUUGUGAAUCGCCUUCGGCACAUCCUUUCACAGUAUGACUCAGCUGAGUCUGCUCAAAAGCCUUGCACGCCAAUGUUGGGAUCCACUUUCCUUCAAGAGAAGUAUGUUUAUGCCAUAGUUGAGAGGACUUUGAAGCCUUUCCUUGGCCGGCUAAUGGAUGGCAUCCUGGCACAGUUAAAUGAAGCUUCUGAGGAGGGCACACCUUCUUCAACACCUAGAUCUCAUGCUGACCUUCAUGGGGGUGACUUCAGUCUUUUGACCACUAUGAUGACUCAAGAGAUCAUGAACAAAUUGUCUGGCACAAUUUGUGCAUCUGUGGAGAACUGCAAAGCCACUGCCUGCACAGAGGGAGAAGACACACCCACUGUGAGUGCUGAGGGAACCCAUUACCAUUCCCUGGUCAGUACAGUGUUGGUCCAGGUAAUGAGAAGGAUUGAACCCACCAGUGAGGACAUGGCUGACUUCACAGCCUUCCACAGCGACCUCACUGAAAGGAUCCUCUCAGGGUUUUGCUCUGCAUCAGGCCUUUCGGGAUACGAGGCUUAUCCAGCUGUCAGGAUUCAGAAGCUGUGCGAUAAUGUCUACAUGGAACUUCUAAAGAACUUUCGCACCAAAGCCAUGCUUCAUGGGCUUCUGGUUUAUCGGCAGCCUGUGCUGGGCACAGUCCUGACCAAGUCCUUGGUGAGGGAGCUUCUCCAGAUGAGCCAGGAGGAAAUGGAUAUUAAGGGGCCACAAGGAAGCCAGAGCUUCAGCUUCCUCCACAGACUUCAACCCAGUGGAACACUUCUGGAAGCCUUCAAGUCCCUCAUCAUCAAGGAUGCCCGGUGUGCGAGCAAAGUUCACCCCAUGUCAUCAGAAGUCACGGAUGCUGUCACCUCCUGUUGUAAAAAUGAGGGUCAGACACCAGAGGAAAUUCCCACUGCAUCCUCCGCAUAUGCCCAAAUGUUUUCUUAAAGAUGCUAAAGACCAUCUCCACAGUCUUGAACAAGUCCCGUGGGACUCUCAAUUCAGCAUACACUUCAACAUAGAAA